UUACACCUAUUGAGAAAUUUUAAUAAUUCAAUGAUUGGAAAAGAGAAUUAGCAAUGAAUUGAUCCACAGAAUAGUACUGUGACCAUUACUGCACAGCCUGUAAGUUGCCUUGAAAAUCUUUUGAGAAGCCGACAAGUAUGAGAUAAUUCCAAGCAUCCCCAUGUGAGAUUUUUCCUUUUUUUUCCUCACCACUCCAGCUUCUCUACUUGCUCUGCUCCCUUCCUUCAACUUAGUGUCACUUUCUUGAGACUGUGUGACUUGUGAGUUUUCUUGAGAAAAUUCUCUGCUGUGAAUUCUGUUUCCUAGUCUUUCAGCUUCACAACAUGUGGGAAUCAGAAAAUGAGUCUGUUAGUGGAAGAGAUUAUGGUAAUGGAGUUCACAGUACCAGCAAGAAUGGAGUCAAGACUGAUAGUUUUGAGCAAAAAGGACAAUCUUGGUAUGUAGCAACUGAUAUCCCAAGUGACCUUUUAGUUCAUAUUGAAGAUGUAAAUUUCCAUUUACACAAGUAUCCUUUGCUUUCUAGAAGUGGGAAAAUGAACAGAAUCAUAUAUGAGUCAAGGGAUGCAGAAUUGAGCAAGGUAUCUUUAAAUGAGUUACCAGGUGGACCUGAGGCAUUUGAGCUAGCAGCAAAGUUCUGUUAUGGUAUUGCUAUUGAUCUAAGUGCAACCAAUAUUUCUGGCUUAAGAUGUGCAGCAGAGUAUCUUGAAAUGACUGAGGAUUUGGAAGAAGGCAACCUUAUAUUCAAGACUGAAGCUUUUCUCAGCUAUGUGGUUUUAUCUUCAUGGAGAGACUCCAUACUGGUGCUAAAGAGCUGUGAAAAGUUAUCACCAUGGGCUGAAAACCUACAAAUUGUUAGAAGAUGUAGUGAGUCCAUUGCAUGGAAAGCUUGUGCCAAUCCAAAAGGUAUAAAAUGGCAAUAUACUGGUAAGCCUGCAAGCGUUUCUAGUCCGAGUAGAAACCACCAAGUACCUCCUGAUUGGUGGUUUGAAGAUGUUACGAUUCUCAGGAUUGAUCACUUUGUGAGAGUGAUUACUGCAAUCAAGGUAAAGGGAAUGAGACAUGAACUGAUAGGUGCUUCCAUUAUGCAGUAUGCAACUAAAUGGCUGCCAGGUUUAAUCAAAGAAGGAUCCGGAUUGGCGGAAGAUGGCAGCAAUAGCAGUAAUAGUAAUGGAAGCAGUAGUUGGAGAGGGGGUCUCCAUAUGAUAAUAGCAGGAUCAGGAGAAGAAAUACCAACUGUCCAGGCAAAAGAUCAAAGGAUGAUUGUUGAAAGCCUAAUAAGCAUACUCCCACAACAGAAGGACAGUGUUUCGUGUAGCUUCCUUCUUCGACUAUUGAGGAUGGCAAACAUGCUUAAAGUGGCUCCAGCUUUGAUAACAGAACUGGAGAAACGCGUAGGCAUGCAAUUUGAGCAGGCUACAUUGGCUGAUCUCCUCAUACCAUCUUACAAUAAAAGUGAAACCAUGUAUGACAUUGAUCUCGUGCAGAGGCUUUUGGAACAUUUCAUAAUUCAAGAGCAGACAGAAAGUUCAAGUCCUAGUAGAUAUCCAUUCCCCGAUAAACAUAUGCACGAUGGAAGUCAAAGGGGUACAAAUCUAAAUGCCAAGAUGAGGGUGGCAAGGCUCGUUGACAGUUACUUAACAGAAGUAUCUAGAGAUAGAAAUCUUUCCUUGACAAAGUUUCAGGUCUUGGCUGAGGCUUUGCCAGAUUCAGCAAGAACAUGUGACGAUGGACUUUAUCGAGCAAUUGAUUCCUAUCUCAAGGCCCAUCCAACACUCUCAGAACAUGAAAGAAAGAGGCUUUGCAGGGUGAUGGAUUGCCAGAAACUCUCUGUCGAUGCUUGCAUGCACGCUGCUCAGAACGAAAGGCUCCCACUACGAGUCGUGGUGCAAGUUCUCUUCUCUGAGCAGGUGAAGAUAAGCAAUGCAAUAGCCAAUAUCUCUCUCAAAGAUGCAGGGGAAUCUCAUUAUCAACCCCUGGUAUCACACCAUAAGUCAUUGCUUGAAGCAACGCCACAAUCAUUUCAAGAGGGAUGGACAGCAGCCAAGAAGGACAUCAACACUCUUAAGUUUGAACUAGAGACUGUGAAGACUAAAUACGUAGAACUCCAAAAUGACAUGGAUAACUUACAGAGACAGUUCGAUAAGAUUGCAAAACCAAAACAAGCCUCAGCAUGGACUGCAGGUUGGAAAAAGUUGAGUAAGCUCACAAAAACGACAAAUGUAGAAACACAUGACAUCAGUAGUCAUAUCCCAAAUGCUGAACAGACCACAAAGCCUAGAAGGUGGAGAAAUUCCAUUUCCUGAGAAGGAAAAGGCUAUGAUAGAAGACUACCGGUUACAAGAUUACCUCACAAAGUCAUUCUGUGUUCCCUAAUAUUCAAGAUUAUCAUGAUUCUCCUAUCACAAGAGUAGUUAAGACUUUCAUUUUCAUUGUAGAUAGAAAUUGUGAUAAUAGCACAAUUUAUUAUAGAUUCUCUAGUUUACUGGUGACUGGUUUCUCUGUAAUGAUUGUACCAUCUUAAAUUUGCAUUCGGAGGUGCAGUAAAACUGGUUUUGCU